UUGCAACUUCUCAAAGUUGCUCUCUUUUUUCAAUCCCAAUUCUCUCCUCCUCUAAAACCUCCACCAUUUCUUGUUGAAUGCAUAAAAAUAACCAAAUGAUAUUAGAAAAAAAGUAGAAGAAAGAAAGAUAAAUAGUUUUCUUGGUCACCAUAAUUUGCCCUUUAUCAGGACCACUGCAGGUUGUAAUAAAUGGAUUUGGCUAACGUGACUCAGAGAAAAGCAAUGAUUUGCUGUCUAAUAUUGCUCCACCAUACAAGAAGAGCGAGUAUGGUCUCUAAAGAUCACGGAAUAAGUUCAAAUUUUUGAUUGAAGGGAUUUUUUUUAAUCUCUAUGGGAGAAACUCCAGCUUUCUUUGCUGAUAAUCUUCUGGGAGAUUAUCCAAAGAAAGAUGAUUCAAAAUCCAAGGCCAAUGUAACGGCUAUCGUUGUCGGCAGUAAACUAUAUGUGAUUGACGGGGUUGAUCAUGAAUCGGGGUCAACUAUUGGAGUUCGAAUCUUUGAUAAAUCUAGUGGGAAAUUGAUAAGCCCCACUGUGUUGGGAACAAAACCCGAGCCGUCUAAGCACCACUCAGCUGUGCUUUUAAAUGAUGAUCGCGUGUUAGUUGUUAGAGGGAACUCCUCUUCUAGUGAAUGCUUUUGGUUUCUUGAGGUGGGCACUCCAUUUGUUAGAGAACAGGAAAAGGCUUUAGGGAAUGAGGUGGUUGCCUGGAGCAAAGGAGUAUUGGGCAAUGUUGAGAAGCCAAUUGUCAUUAGUGGCCCUUCUGGAGUGGGUAAAGGUACCUUGAUAUCAAAGCUAAUGAAAGAAUUUCCAUCCAUGUUCGGAUUUUCUGUGAGCCACACAACUCGAGCAGCAAGAGAAAAGGAGCGGAAUGGGAUUCAUUACCAUUUUACUGACCACAAUGUGAUGGAGAGAGAGAUAAAGGAUGGCAAGUUCCUCGAGUUUGCUUCCGUUCAUGGUAAUCUCUAUGGAACCAGUGUAGAAGCUGUUGAGAUGGUUGCUGAUGCUGGCAAGAGAUGUAUUCUUGAUAUCGAUGUUCAAGGAGCAAAGUCUGUGAGGGCUAGCGCUUUUGACGCCAUUUUCAUUUUCAUCUCUCCGCCUUCUUUCGAAGAGCUUGAGAAGCGUCUUCGUGCAAGGGCAACUGAGACCGAAGAACAAAUCCAAAAGCGUGUCCAGAAUGCUAGGGCAGAACUUGAACAAGGAAAAUCAUCUGGCCUGUUUGAUCAUAUUUUGGUAAACGAUGACCUUGAAACUUGUUACGAGAAACUUAAGAACAUUUUGUGUCGAAGUGAAGAUGUGAAUUCUGCUCCUAAGACAUUUCCAGAAUCAAUCGAUUUAUCCAGCGAACAUUCAGUGUCAAAGAUUGAUCAAAAGCUUCUGAUCAACUGUAGUGCUGUUGAACAUGAAAAGGCAUCAAACAACAUGUACGUUCUGGACUUGUCUUUGCUCAAAGGAGGAGCCCCAGGACGGACAAGAGGACUAAACAUGUACGCCAACGGUGACAACCAGCUGAGCUCUAACAUCACACAUCCCAGAACUUAGUGGUUUCCAGUUCUGUUUGAAAGUUGUUUUUCCUCUUUAAGUCACCGCAGAGGGCUCGAACCCCUUUGAAAGAACCACUGUUUUUUUAUUUCCUGAUAUCAAUGUAGAAAGAGAUCUAUGAUGGAUCUUGCUAACCUACUACUACUUCCUCUGUCCCGUUUUAUGUGUUGUAGUUACUUUUUCAACAAGUUGGUUCAGUUCUCAUAGAAUAUGUAAGCAAAGGCAAACACCGAAAACCACUUGA